AGCAUUUCCUUUGGACAUGUAGUAAGCAAGUAAUUACAAACCAACCAUGGCCUCAACGCACUUCUUCCACCAUACCGAUGAUCACCGGAAUCCUCGGCGGCAAAUUGAGCACCACCACCACCAAUUCACAUACAUCCACAUACAGUACUCCGAUGAGGACUACGACGAAACUUGUGACAACAACACCAACACUAUUAAGUGUCAGCGCCAUGAUGAGCGUCCCAGCGCUACGGAGCUUUCUGGAAGUGAUGAUAAUAUCAAGCGCCACCGCUACCAGCAUGCAGCUAUGGGUAACUUCAUCAAGAAUAAGAACCACAGCCCUAUCGCACCCCACGGCUAGCUCGAUAUUCUCCUAUUCAGCUGCAAUAAUCCAUCCAUGAACAC